CAAAACAAAUGAGGUGCACCGAUUCUCGUCUCGUGAAAUAAUGUAAACGUUCUGUGGUUGUCUUAUAAUUUAUCUAUAGAAUGUGUAGACAGUAUAGUUGUCUGUAUGUUGACAUGACUAUGCCGUUGAUCUAUUUAAAUGUUUUUUCUCAUUAGUUGCAUAUCUGAUCUAUUUUAAUUGCGAAUCUUUCAGAAGCUGCGUGCUGUCAUUGGGUAGGAGGUCAGUUAAUGAGUGCCUCUAAAUUCAUUUAGGAUGUCUGAAUUUGGCAUAGAAUCAAAUCACUCCACAGAGACUCAUAAGCAGGGUUCAGCUGGUGACGGUUCUUUUAAAAAACGACUCGGUAUUUUUGCUACUUGUGUGGUCGGAGGGUCAUUGGUGGCUCUGUACGCAGUGACCGGACCGUUUAUAGCACCAGCUUUGAGGAAAGUUUGUCUCCCGUUUGUUCCUGCAACUAGGACUCAAAUUGAAAACGUUCUUAAGGUUUUGAAAACUAGAUCUGGUUCUCUGGUGGAUAUCGGCAGCGGAGAUGGACGUAUAGUUAUCGCUGCAGCAAAAAGUGGUUUCAAGGCAGUUGGCUUCGAGCUGAACCCCUGGCUGGUCUGGUACUCCCGAUUCAAAGCCUGGAGGGAAGGUGUUCAUCACAACACUUCUUUUUAUAUUUCUGACCUUUGGAAGGUCAGUUUUUCAGAGUACUCCAAUGUGGUCAUCUUUGGUGUUCCUCAAAUGAUGGAGCAGCUUGAAGUCAAGCUCCAAACAGAGCUCCAGAGUUCAGCCAAAGUAGUGGCUUGCCGCUUUCCAUUUCCCACUUGGACUCCUGAUGAUGUCGCUGGAGAGGGGAUUGAUACCGUUUGGGUUUAUAAUGCCAAGACAUUCAAACCUCCCAUCAGAAAUUAUGAAGACAGUGAAAGACCGAACUAAUGACAAACUAAGUUUAUUUAAAGAAACAUUUCUUUCUUUAGUGACAAACUUUUUGUCUCUCUCAUGUAAGCAUGAAAAUCAGUCCAAUUUGGCUGCCUUGUUGCGCCUUAUUAAAAAUCCCUGUGUUUUAGUAAAGAAAAUGAGUUUGUUUUUUUCUGUAUUUAUAUUAUGACAAAGAAAUUAUUUUAUAUAUAAUUUCUCAGAGAUGUGGAGUGAUCAAAUCCUGAUAAGAAUAUUUCAUGUUGUUUAAAGGCACGUUCACACCAAGAAUGAUAACUAUAAAGAUAACUAUAUUAGUUAUCAAAUAUAUAUGUCAUGUAAAUAAUCCAACGUUAUUCCUGGAAUAAACUGAUUGACUUAAGUAUUAAUAUGUCACAUUUGUUAUAAUAAUUAUAUCUCAUACUGAUAAAAGAUGCAUGCAUAUUUGACCCUUAAAACCACACUAAAACCUUAAUACAUCUAAUUUCCAAUACCAAAAAAAAAAUCCCAUUCACCACAAAGCCUUUCAGAGCCUUACACGCCACCAAAUCAACUUAUCUGCAUUGUGGGGACCAUAUCCUCAUUCAUGCCUACAAAAUAUGAGAGGCCAGUAAAAAGUCAAUAUCCCUAAUAGGAUAAGGUGUGUAUAUGUGUUUGCACAUGUCCAGGUGUAACAAGAUUUAAAAUCCUAUGCCUCACCCCCUUAACAUACAUGCACACCAAAAAAAAACUGCCUCCACUAUUUUAUGCUGACAUUGUGCCCUUGUUAUAGUAAAUUGCCAUAUACCAUGAUGCAUUCGUAUUGUAUAUUUGAUUUAAAUAAAAUAAAAAUGAUUAGAUCU